AUGCUGCAAAUCUUCGGUACUGCCGCAAUGUCUUCUCUCCGGCUGGCCCGGAAAAGUGCAUUUUCUCGCACCACACUCUGCUUCCCCAGUCUCAACUGCCUAGUGGUAAGAAACUCCACAAUCAUCCGUAGAUCGCUUAUCAGUAAUCCUGAGCUGGUCCAGGAAGAUGCUGCCUCCGCAAGAGCAAGGUUCAAAAUCUCCAAGUUUCUCCCUGCUCCUUCCGUUAUACCUAUUCCAGCUAUGGUCGUGGAACAAUCGAUUACGAAAGCAAUUUCAGCAAAGAUCCUUGGUCAGGACCAGGGUCAUUCCUUCAAUGAUUACUUAUCGUUUGUAAAAUUUCAUCAGAGCGCCCUUGUAUUCUUGAAAGAGUUUGUUCGCUUGUCAUACAAUGAGAAAGAACUUGGUCUGUUAAGCUCCGUGGAGCUUACAAAUGUGUUGUAUCAACUUCGCGAAAUGGUCAAUAGAAAGAAAUUACCCUCCGGAAUGAAGAAAGUGCUGGCCGCUGAAUUGGUUUCCAUGAUUGACGCAUUUAUGAUUCUCUUGUUGACCAAGAGAGAGGCUGAUUUACCCGUUGCCUCGAUCGUGGUCAGUGUCAUGCAAUCAGGCGCAGAAAGCGAAGUGUUGCAAAGAGUGUUUGAGGCUGGCUUGGGUGACUUUUUAUCGGAAAUAUCAAUUCUUCCUAAACAGUUUGAUCUUGCUACCUUGCUGAACUUCAGUCCAAUAGUCGAAGGAAUUCUGUGGUUAGAGAAAGAGUUCUCCCAAAUUCUUGAGAGCUCAGAGCAGAUCUAUGAUGAGUCUUUUUUCAAAACACUCAUUCCAGUGAUGCGGUACCGCCAUCUUCUUUGUGCGUUGCAGAACUUACAAGCAUUGGGAGGGCGUCCGGUCGAUCUCCAAGCCGUUAUUCAAAAUCCAAUCGCAAAAGCCAUUCAGGAAGAUUUGACGGAACUGACUGGUACUAUUUCUUUUUUUGAUGAAUUGGUUUUUGGACCACACAGAAACUUCAUAAAUGCGAUUUACUGUUUCACUGGCUUGAGCAGUUUUGAGAGCAUUUUCGCAGCUCUUCUCGAGAACGAUCGUAAGAAUAAGUACAGUGAUUUCGAGCGUUCAAUAAUUCUGAACUUCUUGGCCUCUUUCAUGCCUCUUGUUUGCAAUGGUAAGAUAUCAAGUACUCAAUUAUCGAACCCCAAGUACUUGUCUGCGAUUGUCAAAAACAAGAACUUUCACCUUCAACCUUACAAAUUUGGCGACGACAUAUUUGAAAACUACGAAUUUUCCUUGCUGGUGUACCAUCACUUUGCUGACUACUUAUAUAUUGUCAAGGGUGUGUGUUCUUCUGUAACGUCUUUCAAAUCUUCUUCAAUACUGGAGCUUGAAGCUGCGAUAACCAGUUUUGCUGCUGAAAAGGGUCCAUAUGUGAAAGAUGAUUGCCAGAAUUUUUUAGAUGACUUGAAGCUCUUCGGACAUAAUACCUUAAGAGGCUAUUUCAUCUUGGAUGAGUUGAUAAGUAAGGCGUAUCUUGCCAGAACCUUGAAUUCGGUGGAACUCUUCGUUGAUAUAACACCACUCAUUAUGAAGCCAAGGGUCACGUUGAUAUCUGUUGAAGAAGAACCGCAACAGUCUGCGGGUGUAUCCGGAUCAUUCUUUGAACUGUAUUCCCAUGAACUUCUUCAAUUGAGGGAAGAAGACUUAAAAAUGAAGUAUGAGUCUUUAUCUACAAGAGUGGUCUCGGGAUUUUGUCUCCGCAAAUACAUAGAGUUGAAAGAGAUGCAAGACUUCUCAGAUGAAAUUUUGUACCCGAGGCUGUUUCGGGACCUUUCAUAUCAACUUGAAGACUUGUUAGAAGAUCUGCUUCCUACUUUAAGGAUUCUCGAUGAGAUUGCCGAUGAAGAACAACGGAAGGAAUCAGUCGCACACAAUGCGUACGUUCAAAUUCCAGAUAAUCUACAUGUUCAUGAUUUCGCGCAUGAGCUUGAAGAAUUCCAGAAACUGAGAUUGCUGGGUAAAUUCGAGUGUUAUUCACCUUCAGAGCUUUUAAUCUUAUUGGAUGAGGAAAUUGAGGUUCUUGAAUCGACAUCCGUUGCUGAACUGAGCAAAGAACUGAGCAAAGAACUCAGUCAGCUCACUUGCUAUUACAAAUUGAGACUGGUUCUCUCCCAGUUAUUCGCGCUAAACGGUGGAAACACCGGAAUUUUGGAUUCUGUUGUUUUCUCCGACAAAGUGUUCGCCAAACUUGAGGCAAAAUUGGAAGACCUGGCAAGAAUUGCUCAAAAAGAAAACGAACUUGCUUCACUUAAAAUUGAUCAUAAAGAAUAUUCCCAGCUUCCCGAUAAUUGCCCCUUGGAUACCUUUAUUGGUGAACUUUCUGUCUUGCAAGAUGAAAUUGGAGGUAGGUUCUCUGAGGUUGAAACUAAUGUAAUUCUCGAAACUUUGCAGAUUCUCUCCCACAAGUCAGUCAAUACGGACCAGGCUCGUGUUUUGCAAAAAUUGCAUCGUAAUUUGGAGGUUCUUUUCAGAAGCAAUAACAAUCACACAGCCGUUUUGGAUGCGAUUAUUACGAAUGACACGGCUUUCAACAAAUUUGAAAGCUCUCGUCUCAAAAAGGUAUUAUCCAAAGAGCCUACUAAGAACACAGUCGCCUCAUACCAGAAAGAAUUGGCUGAGCAACGUCAAGAUUUGGUUGUUGAGCGCACCGGCACUGCUAACGCUACUGAAGCAAACGAAGUACUGCUUGAAGAAAACGUCCGGUCCCAGAAGUAUCUGGAUACGGAGAACUCUGCAAAGUCAGACUUGGAAGAAUUUUUACGCAAGGCCAAAGACGACAAGGUCUCCGAAAUGGAAGAAAAGUUCAGGGAACGCGAAGCAUUUGUUUGGAGUGCAAGCAUGCUGCGGAACUAUGGAACUCUCGAAACGAAGCAAUUUUUUUCUCCUGUCGCAAAGAAUAGAUUUCCAAUGUUUCCUGGUACUGAUAACAAUCUCGAGUACCUUGUUUUGACGGCACAGGGGGAUGCUUUACAUUCGAGCAAGAAUCCUUUGGGUUCUACACAUAUUCCUGAAGAUAUGUUCAUUGUACUCGAACGCCUUGCUGAACCUGAAAUUGUCAAGUUCUCUCCGCAUUUGGCGAAGUUACAAAGAAAAGGAUGGAAUUUAAUCGGGCUGAACGGACAAAACCAGAUGUUGGUAUUGAGCCGUCCUCUACAAACAUACAAAUCAUCGUUUUUGAAGACUGCAAAGCAUGUAUUGGCUAUUGCAGGUUUAAUUUUCAUUUCUUUGUUAAGCAUUAACUACUUCGUGAACGAGCCAGUGCAAAGCGUUGACACAGCAAAUGACACCACUGGAAAAAAGCAAAGUGAAAUUGAAUCAGAAGACAGCAUCUCUUCAGAAGUAUCUAAUAUCCUGGAUGCUCCAAUGUUAGACUCGAAGAAGAAGAGUACGUGGUGGAAGGGUCUUCUUUGGAAAUAG